CGAAAUGAUUUUGUUGGUGUCAGUCACAAACUCGACUUGUAGCUGGCUGAAGAGACGCACUCACAUCUCUCCAGGCAUCACACAUGGUGCUAUAUAGAAGAAAUUUGCUUACUGUUACAUCAUGCCCUCUCUACAGGUGGACAGUGAGAAAAUGAAGGGCUGUUCAGUCAUCUGACCAGGAAUAAUUUGAGCACAGAAAGCCAAAGCAGGGAUAGAAAAUCAUCUCAGACUCCAAUGGAUUUAAAGGCAGCAUUGAAGAUUUCUAUUAAGUGAAUAUUUCAUGCAAAAACAUGCAGCCAAGAUGAAGACGUGGAUUAUAUUUCUCUGCCUGAGCAAUGGAUGGAUGCAAACAGCCUCUACUGCAGGUGUAACCCCAACACCCUCCUCUGCACCAGUGGCACCCACUGAAGACGAGAGCUCCCAACUGGUGGAUUGGCUGAUGAAGUAUGGCUACCUCCCACCUUCAGACCCUUCCACAGGACAGCUACAGGCUUGGACAGCUGUUACUAAUGCUGUCAGGGCCAUGCAGAGGUUUGCAGGCCUCAAAGACACGGGAAUUGUAGAUGAGGAAACAAUGGCGUUAAUGAGCACUCCACGCUGCUCCCUACCUGAUCAGGAAGAGCCAUCUAAAUCACUGACCAACCAAGAGGAGAGAAACAUGAGAAGGAGGAAAAGGGCUAUCUCUAUGUGGACCCGCAAGAACAUCAACUGGAGGUUGCAUUCAUAUCCCUCCUCUUCCCAUCUGUCUCGGGAGACUAUUCGCUCGCUGGUCUUCUAUGCUUUAAGAGUGUGGGCAGAGCCAACACCACUGGAGUUCCAUGAGGUGGGCAGUCCAGAGUCAGCUGACCUACAGGUAGACUUCCUCCAUGGUUACCAUGGUGAUGGCUAUCCCUUUGAUGGGGCAGGCGGUGCAGUUGGCCAUGCUUUUUUCCCAUCAGACCCUGACCGGGCAGGAGGAGUUCAUUUGGACGCAGAGGAAGAGUGGGUCUUCAGACAGCCAGCCUCUGAGGGUACUGAUCUGUUCACAGUUCUGGUCCAUGAGUUUGGCCAUGCACUGGGCCUGGCUCACUCCUCAUCCCGCCACUCAGUGAUGAGGCCGUACUACCAGGGUCCUGCUGGAGACCCCCUUCACUACCGCCUGGGAUCCCAAGAUCUAGAGCACAUCACCCAGCUCUAUGGUAAAAGGAACCAGCUGCUGGCUACAGACGCUCCUCGCAUUGCCCCAGAGCCACAGUUACGUCACAGAGGCCAUCACUAUCAUCACAGAUAUGGCCCCUCCAUAGAUCGCUGUAACACCAGUUUUGAUGCUGUGGCAAGAAUCCGAGGAGAGACUUUCUUCUUCAAAGGACUGAUGAUGUGGCGAGUCAGUGGCGAGGGUUUAGUGUCCGGUCGUGGGGCUUCAGUCAGGAGGCUGUGGAGGGGUCUACCUUCUGACCUGCAACGUCUUCACGCUGUGCUCGAGAGACAAUCAGACCAUGCCAUCAUCUUCAUCAGCGGUUCCCAGUUCUGGCUGUUCAGGGACCUCACCCUGCAGGAAGGUUACCCUCAGCCCCUGUCAGCUCUCAGGAUGGGGGUGAGUUUGGCAGGGGCAGAUGAUGACGUGGAGAAAGAGGAGGAGGAGGAGGAGGAGGACGGAGCAGCAGGGAGGCGGGGCCUGAUCUGGGACCCAGAGGAGGGCCCUGUGUGGGGGGAAAAGGGAGAUGCUGAGAAAGCAGAGCAAGAUGACACCUGGACUCAGCUUCUCAGAGAGGGUGUCAGUGGAAUCACGACGCACAGUGAUGGUUCUGUCUAUCUCUUCAGAGGAGACUCCUAUUGGAAGUUCAUGUUUCCAGGCUCCACGCCGCAGGACGGAUACCCACGAUCCUCGGCCGCUGACUGGCUGGACUGCCCCAACUCCUCAUCCUCACCUGUGGUAGACGACCUCUCCUUGUCUCUCUCUCCACGUGCAGGAAGACAGGAGCUCCGAGAGAGAUGGAGGGAGGAGAGGGAGAAGGAGGAAGCAGGAGGAAGGAGGAGAGACCAUGGGAGGGACGGACAUGGACAUAAACAUAAAGACAGGCAGGACAGAGGUCCGCACAUAAGAACACAGUGCACUUGCCAAAAUGGAGCUCUUGGUGGCAGGACAACAUCUUUUAUUGCUGCCUUGCUGCUGGGCACAUGGACACUGUUGGCAAUUUAAAUCUGACAUAUGCAAUAAAAGUCAGCUGCAUCUCAUCAACAAACACUCACUAUGUGAAUCCACUAUAUUAGGAAGAAUUCAACAUUUUUGGAAAUAUUUUGGAACAAUAUCAGUCUUAUGUCUAUGUGUUAAGUCUAGAGCUGCAGUCAGGAUUUGGUUAGCCUAGCUUAGCAUAAAGACUAGAAGCAGGGGGAAACAGCUAGCCUGGUAAUUUGUGACUUUAUUUACAUGAGCAUCAUUUUAUCCAUCCACCCAGCACUUCUGUGCAGUGCUUCCAGGUUGUAGUUUAGGAUCACUGUAAUCACAAACAUCUGUUAAAUCUUUGCCAAGAAAUAGCCCCAACAUACAAUUUGUCCUGAAACCACCAACAGUUAUUUUUACAUUUCUCUUUGUGUAGAGAUUAAAACAGAUACAAAGUGAGCUUUAGAGUUGUUGGGAGGUGUAUUUUUAACUUUGAACAGAGCCUUGGUUGCAGGUUAGGCUUUCUUCUUGCAGGUCAGGCUUUCCCCUGUUUCCAGUUUUUAUGCUAAGCUAGGCUAACCAUGCUCUGUACUCAACACACAGACCUGAGGUCCAUAUCUUCUCUUCUCAUUGUCAGAAAGAAAACAAAUGAGUGCAUUUCCCCCAAAUCCUGAACUCUUGGUUUAAAUUCCAGUAUUUGCUAUAGUCGCAGGUAUAGUGAGGACCUUUGUCUACAAAAUCAAGAUCUAUAAUAUUCAGCUCUUGGUCUUUUUCAAAAACAGUUGAGCUGGAUGGGAAAUUCUGUAAGCAUGAAAACAUACUUAAAACUACUGCAGACUCUGGUGUGCUGCUGUUUUGAAGCCAAUAGAUUUACCUCAUGAUCUGGAUUUUCACCACUCACAAAGAUAUUGUUUUUAGAGGGUGCAGAGUUUUUUUUUUUUUUCAAAAUUCUUUGUAAAAUAUGAACUACAAAACUAAUGUAAAUAUUUUCUUGACUAUGCAAUUAAUUGUACUUAUGACCUUUAGGGUUAAAAAUAAGAGCCUGCAGGGAGCACAGAGCAGACAAUAAGGCAUCCACACUGCAAUUACUUAGCUUACUCACAUGGAGUAUGCUGCACAAGGAGACAGAUUUUUGCAGCCAGUUUAUUAGAAACUCCAAUUCUUACUUGAUGGAAGUGCUUUUCACACUGUAGAUCCUGCCUAAGAGUUUCUCUUGUCAUUGACAUUUUUGUAUAUAGCUAGUUAGAGAGUUAUUUUUUGCUCUUUUUGGAUCUCUGAAGAACAUGCUCCUGUGCAUCUCAGCUGGUCUGGAGAGGGCUGACACACAUAUAACUAAUGUGGACAUAAAAACACCGUAUGGUAGAUAAUGAUCAAAGUGACUAUGCUCUCACUCCAUUCUUUGUGUCAAACCUCAGGUAUUUGGGGAAGAUGUUGCUCUGCAGCAGUCAUAUUAAUAUAGCAAUAUCUGCUCCAUAGCCUUUGUAAAAUUCUUGCAAUGUACAGGUAGUCUAUAUCACACAGCUUUAUUUAUACUGUGGAUGUU